AUGGGCGAGGGGGGCGGGCCGGUGAUGUCAGCUGGUAGCAUCGGCUUCACGGCGCUCCUUGCCAGCUUCGCCGUGGUGCUCUCCGCCGUCACGUACAUCUCGAACAAGCGGCGCACGAGUGAGACGUACACGCCGAAUCACCACCCGUCGCUGCGGGGACUGCGACCGUCGGAUGAGCGGCAGCCGUUGCAGAGCAGCGCUGCUGCUGCUGCUGCUGCUGGUGGUGGUGGUGGUGGUGGCGCGUCCACGAUGAGCGGCAACAACAACACCGCCGCCAAGGACGCUGCGGCCCAUGCUGGCUACAAGUCGUACUAUGCGGUGCGGGCGGAGCGGCAUGUGAGUCGGCACAGCGCCAACGCCAUCGAGUGGCGCGACGACGUGAUGGGCGUGCGCAUGCUCUUCUCCCCGAUUCUCUUUGCCGUCGAGACGGAGCAGCGACAGGCGCCGCUGGUGCUCGUCGGCCUGCGCUACCUGCGGCAGCCGGAGCACCACGUGGCGGUCAUCUUCGAGGAGUGCCCCACCGCCGAGACGGCGGAGGAGUACCGCGACAACAGCCUCGCACGCAUACGCGACUGCGCGAAGCUGCUGUCGUGCAGCAGCACACGUAUCGGCAGCGCGUCGCACCCGUGCGCGGAGUACUGCUACGUGGACGCCGGCAACAGGCUGCGCUACGUCCUCUCCGUCUUCCUCACCAACGCACGGCUCGCCGUGACGGCGCAGUACGUCGCCGACACACGCGUGAAGGGUGUGCUGCCGACGGCGUUUAAUGAACUCGUGCGCUCGAUCCAAUUUGCGCCAUCGCGGUCGACGCCGUCGUACUUGCUCUGCACAGAGCCGCGGCUUGGACUCGGCUUCCGCCUACCGAUCGACUUCGCCAUGGAUGAUGAGCUGCACGAGAGAAUGAUGGCGUGUGACGACCCGGCAACUACGGCAACAGCAGCAGCGGGUGGUGGUGGUGGUGGUGGUGGGGGCGUCGGUGAGGAGGCCCGCGGUUGCUAUUACAGCAGCAACUACGGCAGGAGCGGCAACACCACCAGUGUGCCGGCACUGCCGUCAUUUGGGCGACCGCUCGGACUUCGGUCACUGCGGCUGCCGCAGGACGGCGCCGGCGACCACAACAGCAGCAUCAAUUUUAGUCGUAGCGGCAGCACCAGUGGCCACGGCGCCAGUGCGCCCUUCGCGGCGUUGACCGGGAACGGGUUGCGGCGCAUGGUUGUCGUGGCGUGUUACGAACCGCUCGCGCGUGGGCGGGUGUCGUGGCAGGCGCUCUUCGAGCAUCAACUGCGCGCCACACUGAUGCGCUUCGCCGUGGUGCAGAAGGCGCCACUUACCGUUGCCUGGUGCGCGGAGGUGCCGCCGCGUGAGCUGUACGACAAGCGUGGCACCUUUGUCGUGCGGCCCCAGAAGCUCACUGUGCCGGUCAGCGGCGACGGUGCCGUUGACGACGAUGAUGGCGAUGCGAGCGAGACGCUGCUGCUUGACGGUGCCUUCUGUGUGCAGGAGGUUGUGCUCGACCCCAACAGCCCAUGCGCCCCAUUCCUGCGUGACAUGCGGCAGCAGCAGCAUCAACGGUCAGAGAAGGCAGAGAGUGACGAGGUGGAGCCCGGGGACGAGGCAGGUGCCGUGGCAGCGUACCUGAGCCUCUUCUGCCUGCGCAUCCGCGAUGAGUGUGUUUCAUUCAGUUUUCUCUCCUCCAUCACACGGCACACGCUGGAGGAGUUCAUCACCUUCUGCCGCCGCACGCUCGACACGGUGUCGGUGGGCAACCACUUCGGCCAGAACACGUCGCUCAUCUACUGCAACGUGCGGCACGAGGUGCUGCCGUUCCACAUCCUCCUCGACCCCGUGAGAGCAGCAGCAGCGGCAGCAGCGCCGAUAGCGCCGGUGGUGGUGGUGGUGGAGGAGCCGCCGAUUGGCGAUCCGCUGGCUGUGAUUCACAUCGGCGGCCUCGAGCGGGUGUCAGUGCUGUUGCGCGUGUUCCCAUGCCCGACGGCGCCGCUCGCCUCGCCGCAGUCGCGGCGCCGCUCCACCACGCGGCUGGAGAAAAUGGUGCAGAACUACCUUUCGCUCCUGCCGGACCGCGUGAAUGUGCUGCACUGGGAGUCCACCACGUUCGGCGCACGCGUGGCGCUGGAGCUGCAUUACGAGCAGGUGUAUGAUGAUAACGCCAGCGACGCGGAGUCGGUCGCGCUGGACGAGGAGGUUGGGAACAUUAACCCCUUUGCCCACUACCGCGGCACGCCACCGCUGCUGCUGCCGUCACCGCCAUUGCCACCACCGGUGGCGGUGACGACAGCAGCAGCAGCAGGAGGAGGAGGUGGUGGUGGUGGUGAGGCAGCGGCGGCAGCACCAGUAUCAUCGUCGUCAAUGCCGCCGUCGCCUGAACCACUGCUGAUGUUGAGGCGCUCGUCGUCGUGUGAGUCCCGCGAGGACGUUGCGUCUCUGCACGUGGCAGUGGCGGUGUGCUGCGAGGGGUGCGCCUUUCUUUUUCUCGGCACCACCUCAGCGUACAACCUCAGUACCGUACGCGAAGUGGUACGGCAGCUCGCCGCAAACGUAUCAGUUGUGGGAAAUUCCAUUGUAUAG